UGUUUGUUUACUGGCUAUUCGCGAUUGGCUCGGAACACAUUAGCUGCUCAAAUUUUUUGGUGCGUUUUUUACGCUUCCGACUCGCGAGACGACUUUCGUGCAAACAGACCGCAGUUAUUUGUAAACACUAAAUAAUAAUAAUAAUAAUAUCCCGGCACGGCCGGUUUUUUUUUUCUACUCUGUGGUCCCGUCGUUCCCGCGGUUUCGGGCUUUCGCGCUUUCACAACAUUUGUAAUUUUUUUUUAUUCCUCGUACUCACCCUUCUCCAACGGUCGUGCGUGUGUUACAGAGUCCGAGUGUCGUCGCAAAACUCGCGACUGCAGUGGUCUCAUAGCCUUUGGCCGUACGCAUGUAUCGUUGACGAUUAAGACGUGCCGCCGCCGCCUCCUAGAACCAGUCGGCCCGCGCUUUUCGGGGGCCCAUCAGCCACGCGCCGGCUGUAAACCCUGCCGCAACUCAAGCGGAGUACCAUACCGCCACAGCAUCAACAAUGUCUAUUACGCCUUUUAAGAAGCGUGUCUGUUACUAUUACGAUAGUGAUAUAGGAAAUUAUUAUUAUGGACAAGGUCAUCCCAUGAAACCUCAUAGGAUUCGAAUGACUCAUAAUUUACUUUUAAAUUAUGGUUUAUAUCGUAAAAUGGAAAUAUAUAGACCUCAUAAAGCAACUGCAGAAGAAAUGACAAAAUUUCAUAGUGAUGAAUAUAUACGGUUUCUGCGAAGCAUUCGACCUGAUAAUAUGAAUGACUACAAUAAACAAAUGCAAAGAUUUAAUGUGGGUGAAGAUUGCCCAGUUUUCGAUGGUUUGUAUGAAUUUUGUCAGCUAUCUGCUGGUGGUUCAGUAGCAGCAGCUGUUAAGUUAAAUAAGCAAUCUGCAGAUAUUUGUAUAAAUUGGGGAGGAGGUCUCCAUCAUGCAAAAAAAUCUGAAGCUAGUGGAUUUUGUUAUGUUAAUGAUAUUGUACUUGGUAUUUUGGAAUUGCUUAAAUACCAUCAACGAGUUUUAUACAUUGAUAUUGAUGUUCAUCAUGGAGAUGGUGUUGAAGAAGCAUUUUACACAACUGAUAGAGUUAUGACUGUUUCUUUUCACAAAUAUGGUGAAUAUUUUCCUGGUACUGGUGAUCUCAGGGAUAUUGGUGCUGGAAAAGGAAAAUACUAUGCUGUAAACAUUCCUCUCAGAGACGGAAUGGAUGAUGACAGUUAUGAAUCAAUAUUUGUACCUAUAAUUACUAAAGUCAUGGAGACUUUCCAACCUAGUGCAGUUGUUUUACAAUGUGGAGCUGAUUCCUUAACAGGAGAUAGACUGGGAUGUUUUAAUUUAACUGUUAAAGGUCAUGGUAAAUGUGUUGAGUUUGUGAAACGAUAUGGUUUACCUUUUCUUAUGGUUGGAGGAGGAGGUUAUACUAUCAGAAAUGUAUCCCGAUGUUGGACUUAUGAAACAGCUGUGGCUUUAGGAGCUGAAAUAGCAAAUGAAUUACCAUACAAUGAUUAUUUUGAAUACUUUGGACCAGAUUUUAAGCUUCAUAUUAGCCCUUCAAACAUGUCUAAUACAAAUGCUACAGAAUAUUUAGAAAAAAUUAAAAAUCGACUUUUUGAAAAUUUAAGAAUGUUACCUCAUGCACCAGGAGUCCAAGUCCAAGCUAUUCCUGAAGAUAGUGUACGUCAUGAAUCAGAUGAUGAAGACAAUGUUAACCCAGAUGACAGGAAUCCUCAAUCUAUUACUGAUAAACGAAUUGCUCCUGACAAUGAAUUUAGCGACAGUGAAGAUGAAGGAAUGGCUCCAGGUGUUGGGGGCGGUGGACGAAAAGAUAAUAGGUCUUACAAAACAGUUGUUCCAGCUAGAAAACAAGCUCGUCUAGAUUCUAAUAGAAUGGAAAUUGAUGAACCUGAAUUUAAUAUUCUCAAAGAUGAAAAAGAAGACAAAUCUGUGAGUUCUGAUGACUCAAAUAAAAAAGAUUCAGUCAAGUCGUGAAUAUAUAUUAAUUGAUUAGAAGAAAAAGUUUUAAAUACAUUAUAUAAAAGCAGAAUUGUUGACA